AUGCCAUUUUCAAAAAAUCAUAUCUCUGCUCCGGAAAAAGAUAUUUCUAAGCGGUUUUGUGGAAAAUACUCAGAAAAAUAUGCUUUAUCAAAUGGGUUUGUUAAAUUUGUUCCGAAAAAUUUUUCCGAAAAAGUGGGAUUUGUUAUAUCCGGUAGAUCCGGAUUAUCUCGGCCAAUUUUCAUUUUCAUGAAAAAUGCAGAAACAUGUCAACUGAGAUACGAAUAGAGCUUUCGAUUGGUAUAUAGAACGUAUUUUUUGAAUGAAAAAUUAAGAAUUAAGAAAAAAUUUUCUAGCGCUUCCAUACUUUUUUCCACGACUGUAUAAUAUCCAGUACAAAAUCUCUCUCUCUCUCUUUCCCCCAGUGUUUCUUUCAAUACAAAAUUUCCCCUAAGCCUUUCAAUUUAUUUAUUUUUUCAAUGCUACCAAAUAAUCGGACUUUCAAAAUAAUUUAUUCGACUCAUUUUUUAAUCAAAAAAUUUUCUUAAAAACAUUCCAUUGCCUCUAGACUUGAAAAAAGCCUUUCAUUUUUUCAAUUUUUAAUCAAAAAAUGAUAAUUUUUACUUAAUCUUUUGCAUAUUUAAGAGUCGAAUCUUGAUAUAACCGACUCGAAGGGGACAAAGAAAAUAAGUGGGUCUACUCUAAAAUAGAGGGUUGGGUAGUUUUGGCCCCGCCCCAAAACGGCCCAGUCCCAAAUAGGGUCGAAUUAUAUGUCAUUCGAUUCGUCUCGGGAAGCUUUGAGU